AUGUCUUCCAACGAAUUAGACAAUACUCAACUACCUGGGGACAACGAACCAAUAGAAGAAUUUAUUUCUACUGAUGAAGUAGCCCAAGAAGUUAUCCCAACAAAUGGUGAUGAACAACCUGAAGACGACGACGAAGAUAUGCAAGAAGAUAUUCCUAUGGAUGAAGGUCAAACGAUAGAAAUCGAUAUGUCCAACAACUCUGUCAGUUAUUUUGACAAACACACCGAUUCUGUGUUCACAUUAGCCCAUCAUCCAAAUUUACCGUUGGUUGUAUCUGGCGGUGCCGAUAAUAUUGCCAACCUAUGGACGUCCCAUUCGCACCCGCCUAAAUUGGCUGGUACUAUCACAACUCAUACCGAAUCAGUCAUUUGUUCUAGUUUUACAGCAGAUGGUAAAUUUUUAAUUACUGCAGACAUGAACGGUAAGAUUUUGGUUCAUGCAGGUUUGAAAGGUGGUUCUCAAUGGAAACAAGUCUCUGAAUUGGCCGAAGUUGAGGAAGUAGUAUGGUUAACAGCACAUCCUAAGGUUCCUUCCAUCUUUGCAUUUGGUGCUAUUGAUGGUUCUGUUUGGUGUUACCAAAUUAGUGAACAAGAUGGUUCAUUGGAUCAACUAAUGAGUGGUUUUGUUCAUACUCAAGAUUGUACUAUGGGUGAAUUUAUAAAUCUAGAUAAAGGUGAAGAAGCUAUCGAAUUAGUCACUUGUUCCUUGGAUAGUUCAGUAGUGGGAUGGAAUUGUUACACUGGUCAACAAUUAUUCAAAUUAACUCAAACGGAAAUUAAAGGUUUAGAAGCACCAUGGGUUUCUCUAGCGGUUGCACCAUCAGCUCUAACCAAUGGUAAUUUUGGUAUUGUUGCUGCAGGUUCCAACAAUGGUGUCCUAGCGAUAAUAAAUGCCAACAACAAUGGUGCUGUUUUACACUUAGAGACUGUUGUAGAAUUAAAGGACGAUCAAGAAGAACUAGAUGCAUCAAUAGAAUCUAUUUGUUGGUCUCCAAAGUAUCCACUAAUGGCCGUUGGUCUUGUUGGUGGUCAAAUACUUCUAUAUGACACAAACUCCUGGAGAGUAAGACGUAGAUUUGUACUAGAAGAUUCAAUUACAAAACUAAUAUUUGAUGACGAUGAUAUUUUCGCAUCUUGUAUAAAUGGGAAAGUUUACCAAUAUGACGCAAAGACAGGUAAUGAAAAAUUCGUAUGUGUUGGUCAUAACAUGGGUGUUUUAGAUUUCAUUAUUGUGCAUCCAAAGGAUGCUUCACAAUUGAGAAGAGUCAUAACUGCUGGUGAUGAAGGUGUUUCCCUGGUAUUCGAAGUCCCUAGUUAG